UGAUGCAACUGCUGUAAGGAAGUAUAAGAAACUGGGAAGCUCUUUUAGAGGAAGAUGGAGAACCCACUUCUUUUAUUCCCCCAACUAAACACUUCUGCUUCAAAGGAUAAAUCCUAUUACAAAGUCAUGAAAUCGACAAUUAAAGAAGAGCCGCAUAAAGCAAGCAAGGCUGGAGCUAAGCAGAAGAGAAACAGGCUGAGCCUUCUCCUGCAGAAAUCCGAAUUCCACGAAGGCGAUCAUGUCGGUAAACCUGGGAACAUGACAAAAGCAACAAGUGUGUCUCCUGAAGAAGCAGUGAAAUGGGGAGAAUCUUUUGACAAGCUCCUUUCUGAAAAAGCUGGAUUGGAUGCCUUUACGAAGUUUCUGAAAACUGAGUUCAGCGAGGAGAACAUCGAGUUCUGGAUAGCUUGCGAGGAUUACAAGAAAAGCAAAACUGCGCAUGAGCUUUUGCCAAAAGCUAAGACCAUCUACGAAACAUUCAUACAGAAAGAUGCUCCAAAAGAGGUGAAUUUGGACUUCCAAACCAAAGAAGUCACAAGUCAGAAUAUUGAACAGCCCAUCAUCACCACCUUUGAUGCAGCACAAAACACCGUCUACAGGCUGAUGGAGCAAGACAGCUACCCACGCUUCCUGAGAUCUGACCCUUAUUUAAAUUUGGUUAAGGGGAGAAAUCCCAGUCGUCCUGCCCUUCGGAGACGAUCGCGGUCUUUUACUGUCAAUGAUUUCAAGGGUGUACGACCGGAUUUUACUGUUUGGUAACAGCGAAACUCAACUCUC